UGAGCAGUCAGGCUGGGUGGGUGGAGCUAAACACGAUACUGAGCCCAGUGUUGCUGUGAUGUGAUGACACUCGACCAACGCGCCAGUAUUUUUUUGUGAAAACCCUUUUCUUUUUGUCGGUAUGCUCUGAGGCAAUCACGACCGCAACAACUGCAUGCCGUGUUGACAGGUAUGAAGGCAGACAUAUGAAAAGGAGCCGACGGUGUUUGGUAGUGGCUCGCGACGAAUCGAGGGCGUUUGAUCUUGCCUAGAGGGCGGUGACGUCACAGCCACACUGUAUCGCUGUGUUUCAGUUCACGUGAAGUAGUCUAUGUUUACGUGUGUUUUCACGCGGUCCCUGUGAUUCGUGUGUCGUGUAUUUGCAGCACGGAAGCGAGCUUAGCUAGGCUACUGGAAGGAGAGAGAGAGCUAAUAAUAAUAAUAUUUUUUUUAAAACAACAACAACAACAACAACAAUCAAACAAAAAACAAAACAAUGUGAUGGUGGUUCCUCGGUGUGAGAUAGAUCCGAGCAUUUUUUCGGCGGGAAUCAAGAUUCAUCAAAACAGGCAAAGUUUUUUCCAGUCCUCAUCUGUCCAGUUUGGGAAACAGCUAAAGACCCACCUCUUCCAUGAACACCUAACCAACCCAUAAAAAAACCCAAAAACCUUACUUUGGCACUUACACCUCUACUCUACGCACUCUGCUUCUUCUGGAACUCAAUUAAUUGAUCUUUGUUGAAUGUGAAGCAAGCACACCCAGGGGAACAUGUCUAUCAUAUAUGUGUCCAACAAGAGGAAAAUCUCAAGGCCUGAAAAAAAGCCUCAGACAGCAGGAGACCCAAAAAUUCUGGAUAAAGUGGUUGCAGUAUGUGGCAGUGUUCCAUCUAUGAAUGAUGAAGCAAGUCCCCAAAAGAUAAAAAGAACUUAUGGCAGGAAAAAAUAUCAUGAUCUGCAGCCGGUGUCCAGGGUUCCUAAAGAAGAUGGAUCUUCGUGCACUUCAGUGGUCCAUGCUAACUCAUUGAAUGGCUCUAAAGCGCAACCCUUUGCUUAUGGUCCUGCCACUGCAUGCAGGACAAAGGACAAAGUUGGCUCUGGUUUGGAGCUUAUGAGAGAGAGAGUUCCCGUCAUAGUUCCUGUAGCACAGUAUACUCAGAGGAAUCCCUCAGCUAACAGUGCUAAAGGUAGAACUCCGAGGUCUGAAUUUUACUGCAUGAAGAAGGAGACACCCAGUUAUCCUCCAGGAAGUCAAGAGGAGACUUGGCAGCUGCAGAUUCUAGCAAAGGGCCGAGUAACAUGCCCCAAGUGUAAACGUGUAGGGAGGAAAACAGUGGAGGGCCUGAAAAAGCACAUGGUAACCUGCAAACUGCAUGUAUUUAAAUGCACACAUUGUGGGAAACAACUAAAGACUUCAACUGGGAUGAAAUACCACCUCAUGGCUGACCACAAUAAACUGCCCACCCCAGAUGAUGGACGUGGACUAGAUGACCACGCAGUGAAAGAAAAAUUGAGAAAAGUUCUAAAAAGGUUGGGAAAAUUAAAAUGCUCAAAAGAGGGGUGUACUGGCAGUUUCACCAGUAUAAUGGGCUACGUUUAUCACAUGAAAAAAUGUGGUAAGGCGGAGUCAGAGCUGGAAAAGCUCCUAAUGAACUGCAAGCACUGUGGGAAGCCGUAUCGUUCCAGAGCAGGACUGGAGUACCAUCUAAAAUCUGAGCAUGGUCCGGAACCCCAACAGGCGGAAGCAAACGGCCAAAUGGAACCCAGCAUGGAGUGUGAAUCCAGUGGCAGGGCCAAACGCACAUCAGCCCAGGUUGCCAUUUUCCAUCUGCGUGAGAUUGCCAAUCAGGAGCUGUUCAAGGAGUGGCCCAAGAGGAAGGUGCAGCGAGACUUGGUCCCCGAUGACCGGAAGCUACGUUAUUCCCGUCCCGGAUUGCCCGCCUUCAGCCAGGAGGUCUUGCGAAAGUGGAAGAAUGAGGUGAAACUGAACAGAAAAAUGCAGUGUCCCAACAAGGGUUGUGGUUGCUACUACACAAGUGUGUCAGGUCUAAAGGCUCAUUUGGGACUCUGCACCCUGGGCAACUUUCAGGCUGGGAAAUACACAUGUCUGAUAUGUAAGAAAGAGUUCAACUCCGAGAGCGGUGUGAAAUACCACAUCAACUCUGUUCAUUCCCAGGAUUGGUUUGUGGUCACCUCUAAGGCCAAGAGUUUCACCUCCAACAAAAAGCUCGAGCCAAAGAAGCUUUGCACGCCAAACCCAGCUCUCCGUUUCCCCAAGGGAACUUGCACCUGGCAGGAUACACAGACUCCAGCAGAUGCUACAACCAGUGAGUCCGUACGCCCAGAAACUCCAGAGAGGAAAAUACAAGAUGAAAAAAGGAGCAGAAAGUACAAACUGAGAGCGCAGGAGAAAGACUGCAGUGAUAGCCAGAGCAGUAGCAGUGGAAGCGAGAGUUCCAGCAGUGAGUCAGAAGCAGAGGAACCAGGGAAUGAUGCCUGGAAACUAAACAAGCCACAACCUCAGCCUGAGAAAGAUAAGAGUGACCAGUAAACCAUUCCUCUAAUACAUGAUGCUUUUAAUUUCCCUUUUCAAGCAUUUGACUUUUUAAAUAUAAUGUGGAUUUUAGGUGAUUUCAUAUGUUACACCGAGUUUUGACUCGUGGCAGUCAAAGGUGCAUUUACAACAUUUAUAGUUUAGCCAUAGCUUUUAUGAUUUUGACCCAAAAAUCAAUCUACAAUAUUAUAGACAUCUGAAAACUGUGCAUUUCUGCUUUUUACCUAAAGCAGCAGCCAGACCCAAUGGGAAUAAAAUUCACUUGGUGGAAAAGCCAAGAUAACUUCAUCUAAGUGAACUUGUGAAUUUGUGAACUGCUGUAGAAAACAAGAAGGUAGUACUGUGGUGUCUUUGGUUGGUAAAGAAAAGAAUUGUUCAUAAUUAUUUUAACUGUAGUUUACAGGAUGUUUAAGCUUUAUAGCGCCUACAGCUAGAGGAAAACUAUGAUGAACGUGUGAAAGUACUUUAAAUUGUUGUCUACAUGUGUAUGUACAUGGAGUUAUUCAAUAAUAAAAGUUUUCAGAGAAAGGUUAUACUUAAACAUCCUCCUUUUCAGCUAAGAUGUUCUGAACCUGCUGCUAGCAUGCGCUCUCCCUGACUGUCUCGGCUCUGUUGUGUCAGUUUUACAUAAAUUCCCUAAGCCGACAGUUGAAGGCAUUUACAUGCAAAGGUAUUAAAAAUGGUGGUAUGUGUUGGACCCGUUUAAAAGAAAACAAUGCAGCAGAAUUUUUCAGGGUUUUCACAAAUCAAUAGUAUAUUUUUCUCACUUCGUAGCAGUUCAUUUUGUUUCUUCGUCUCCUGCACCAAUUCUCCAGAUGGAGAUCGAACGCAGAGCUUUUUUUUUUAGUUCCCUUCUGUUGUACGAACCACUUCUGUUUCAAGCUGUAUUGUGUGUAAACUGCUGCAUGUAUUGUUGUCCAUGUGCAUACUGGAGUGCUUGUGACUAGCAGUUUUGUAUCAGUGAUGUUUCAUGCUGUAUUAGCUUCGAUAUAUGCUGUUAUGACAUCUACAAGUUGUUCUUGUGUGCAUCGUUGAGAGGGCUGGGAAACAGUGGACUGAACAGAGAUUGAAGAACAACAGAGUACUAUAUUGUAGUAGACUAUAUCAAUAUUAUAAGGGUUACUAGGUUUCAUUCAGAUUUUUAAUACUGGAUAUGAUUAUGACUAUGACGAUUAUGUGUCCAAAAAAACUUUGUGUCCUGGAUCUAAUUUUUAAUACAUGACUUUUUUUUUUAAGUUAGACUGUAAUGUCUGCAUAAACUUUGUUAAAGUACUUUAUUAACCAAACCCUAAUAAAUGAAAUAAAAGUUGUACAUAUGUGUAUAGAGGGGAUUCAUUUAACUUUAGAAGACUUGAAUGGUUUAUUUCAAAGUUCUGUAAUUGUAAACGUGAAAUGUCGAUGAGAGAAUGCACCAAGAGUAUACUUAGGCCACCUGGAUAUUUUAUUAGAAAAAGGAACCCUGUGCAUUCACCAACUUUGAUAUGGUGUCGGUGUAAUGAAAAUAUGGAGCAUGCAGGGCUCCAGAUGGUGACUAAAAUGGUCGCCAAUGCGCCUAACUUUUUAAUUUUGUGACCCAUGUUUUUUCUGCCAGUCGCCAGUGGCCACCGUUACCCACAAACAAAAUUUAAAAACAAAUUAAAUAGAAAUGACCAUACGUCUAGAAAUGAACAUCCAUCAUGCUAUAGUCUAGUUUGUCAUUAGUGUUAUACAGACACAGAAAUCUGACCUACACACUGAUACUGAGAGCUAAAAAGCUGAAGGUUUUUGUUUGAAUGUGAUUUCAUAGCAGUAACUCCUUCUGAAAGUUAUUGAGACGGGCUAAAAUUAAUGUAUUGUAUAUACAUUAUACAUAAAAUAAAUAAAUAAAUAAAUAAAUAGCACUUACACCUCUACUCUGCACUUUGCUUCUUCUGGAAUUCAAUUAAUAGAUCUUGUAUGGUAGCACUACUUGUAUUGUUCUCUGCUUGAUAUAUCGCUUUGCUUGUAUCUUUCUCAUUUGUAAGUUACUUUGGAUAAAAGCGUCUGCUAAGUGAAUAAAUGUAAAUGUAAAUAUAACUACAGAGAGAGAUGAGUUAGAGAGUUCACACUGGAUAAUGGUGCAUGAAAGAGAUUAUAAUAGAAUAGAACUAAGUGAUCUAAUGAAUUUGUUUCUUGCAGCAUUAACACCGAAAGAGCCUGAAGAGGGUUUUUUUUUCUUUCUUCAAGGCAGCAGAAACAGGAGAGAAACAAGCCAGUACAGGAUAAAAUCAGACUUCUUGAGAACAGCUACAGAAAGUUUAGAGCUAAUAAUAUAGGAUCAAAUACAGAGAUCAUUACAGAAAACAACAAUGCAUUUUUAAUCAUCUCAACAAUCUUACUUUACAUUUUUUCCCUCACAUCCUCCUCUAAAUGAAGAGAUCCGGGUUGGUCAGGUGAGUAAAGUGUUAUAAAAUAUUAUUUCACGAAUCUCUUACUGAUGGUAACAGCAUUAAAAAAGAGUAUUCAAUUAUGUUACAAUUAGGCCAGUGCCCGGUGACAGGUUACCAUGAGAGUUACCAUGGUUACAGCCCCAGUGAUGGUAAAAACUUGACUAUUACGGGUAAAAAAUGACAUUUGAUUGUUCUAGAAACACAGCUGUUGAACUGUUUGUUAGUAAUUCGCUAUUAUUAUUGGUGUCAUUAUUAUUGGUGUCAUUAUUAUGGUUAUUAUUAUUAUUGCUAUGAGUGUAAACACUUUGUGGAAAUUUUAACAAAAUAAAUAAUAAAGCAAAUAAAUGUAAGAAUAAAUGAUGACCUUCACCCCUGUUGAAUUCAUCUGCAAACUUUGUCUUAAAUUCCAUUUAAAGUGGCACAGAAAAGGUUUAACACGUAUUCAGUUUAACUUGAGGAUCUGCGCAGACUCCCUACAACAAUAACAUCAUUCAUUCACAGAAAAACAUUUUUUUCUUAAAAUCUAUGUGGCAAAAUGAAUGGC